AUGGAUAUCUUUCUGGGGAAGAUUACGCAGCAAGCGAUGAACUAUGCCAUACGCUCUGGCAUUACCAUAACUAGUACCUAUGCCAUAAGACAGUGCUCCAGAUUGCUGAGGAACGUCAAAGGCAAUGAACGUGAGGAAUUGGGCGCUUUACAAGACCGUCUUGAAAGCAAGAUCAGGAUAAUAUCUCCGGCGAUUGAUAUGAUAGAAUUGAUCGCAGCACGUGGUAACACGUCAUUGGAGUCAGCAGUCUCCCUGACAAAAGCUCUCCGAUGGGAUAUUCAAAAUCUUGGUUUGAGACUGGCAAAUGCUGCUGCUGCCGAAGAGCGAGCACGGCGUGGAAGCAGAUCUGCAUCUCGAGCCCAGAAUGAACUUGAGGUGCAACUCAUCAUUCGAGAUAUUCGCAAACUCCUCAACAGGAUCGAAGAUGCAGUACCACUUAUCAAUCUGGCCAUAACAACUUCUGGAGCCAGCUUAUCGACCAGCCUUCCUUCGACAAUCUCACCAUCACGUUUACUGCAAGCGAGUACAUUUCUGACCGCCGGGGAUACGCAAUAUGCCAUGUCAUCAGCGAGGGCUUCGCAAAUCGGCCCUGCAUUCACAUUAUCCAUGUACAUGCUCUUUUCAGGCCAUACAUACAGACCACUGGACGAAGAAGGGAUCCGGGAGACUACUUGGAAAGAAGUCAUACACAAAGCCCGCGUAAAGCUCCUGCGUGUCCCAUUAAAUGCAACCCAAGAUCUGCCUUCGACAGCCUCCAACGACACCGAUCAAUAUCAAAACCGGGAGGGUGGCAAUGCAUCGGCUUCCCACAUUGCUGGCGAUGCCAGAGCCGAUGAGUUCGCGUAUCAACUCCUGAUCAUUGAAGAUCUCGAUGAUGAUCGGGUACAUACUCUGGAGGAUGACGACGCCCAACCUGGGCCGUAUGAAGAUGUUCGUUUGGCUGGGAUCAGGGAAGUUGUGCCUAUCCACGAAAUAUCAAAAAUCUUCUACGCAGACACCGGCAAGAUUCUCAAUAUUGGCUCGGACGAGGAAUCCAACAAUCCGAUUUUGUUGCUGAAGAGAGACAUACACGCCGUCCCGCCGCGUCGCAUGAUGGAGCGAGUAGCUGUCGAAACUGAUUGGAGGGAUGAUUAUUCCGAACCAGACACGGCUGAGGGAGAAGAGAAAUAUUCCUCCUUCGGAGACCCAGAACAGUCAGAACUGGAUGCUCAACUUUUGAGAGAGGAAGAGGAAGCUUCCGCGCCUCCUCAUGAUGACCAAGAAGAAUACCCACAUCUGAAGCCCGACCCAUGGCGUCUACCCGCGAACCUCGAUCCAGAGUGGAUUGCUUUUGAAGUAUACAGCGAAGCCACGGAUUCGGACACAGAAUCUGAGCCUCCUGCAUCUGACACCAACCAACCCGCUUCCCCUCGACCGUCUCGCCAAUCGCGAGAACAGUCACUCGAUCCUUCGCUCACGUCCGCUCUUUCUGCGCUUCAACUAGGCGUCAGUAGCCCGCCUCCUGCAACCCCAACAGGCACGAAUAAAAGCGAGUUGAUCCCCACCCCUCAUUCAGCUUCACCCUCGCGCACCACUCUCCCUCCUCCCCGCACCCCGCCACAAACGAAUCGUAGCCCGCUACCACCUAUCCGGACCUCGCUUUCGCUGCUUGAAACUCUGAUCCGCUUGACCUCAUUGCAACAAUUCCAACAGACAUCUCACCUGGCCAUCAACGACGAGCUUCUCAAUUUCUUCCUUCAAGAAUCUUCCACGACUGGCGCAGGGAGCGACACCGAUGCUCGGCGGCGAGCACGCCAGGACGCUCGCCGAAGGGUGGGCUUCGAUCCUUACGAUGAAAGUCCAGUGAAGCGGCGCGGAGAAGACUACCAAGCGCACCCUGCUCAUUAUAGUCGUGGAAAUACACCAUAUGACGAUGGAGAAUGGGAGGGACAAUACUCACAAUACGUCCAAGAGUCCUUGCCACAGACUCCACCACCCCUUUUUCUCCAGCAGCGUCGGCAUUCGUCGAGGUCCACUACUCCAGAACGUUACGGUGGUAGCGGUGGUGGCGGUGCUCUCCCAAGCUAUUCCCGGUACAUACCUCCUCCGUCGUCCUCCUCUCCAGCCGACAGGGCCAAAGGGCGCCAGGCAGCUCUGCGACGAGAUACCCGUCACAUCGUUAAGCAGAGUAGCCCUCUCGGACGACAUUCCCCUGAAUCAAGUCCUACUCGUCUACCGACUUCAGAAGAGCCAUAGUACCUGCUUGUCUAUGUUAAGCGACCUGCGUAAUUUUCAGGAAUU